UUUCCCGGCUAGCUUCUGGCCUGGUGAUAUUCAGGGGCAGGUCUGGAGAAGGGGAAGAGGAAGUGGGAAGGAAUGCGAAACUUGGCCUGGGCCCGGCAAUGCUCCUGCUGGCGUCCCAUGGGCCAAGGGCAGGAGCUGGCAGUUGGAGUUGGCAACCAGAGGCAGUGACGUCAUGGAGGCCCCCUGGGUAUGGCUGGUGGCCUGUGUGCUGGCUGUGUCCCUGACCUCCACAGUAACCGAGGAUGUGUGCCGAGCACCCAACGGAAAGGACGGGACCCCAGGAAAACCUGGGCGACCAGGGCGGCCAGGCCUCAAGGGGGAGCGAGGGGAGCCAGGCAGCCCUGGCAUCCGCACUGGUAUCCGAGGCCUUAAAGGAGACCAGGGGGAGCCAGGGCCUCCUGGAAGACCUGGCAACAUGGGCUUCCCAGGGCCCAGUGGCCCCCUGGGGGCCCGUGGUGUCCCAGGAUUGAAGGGCAUCAAGGGAAACCCAGGAAACAUUAGGGACCAGCCACGACCAGCCUUCUCUGCCAUUCGGCGGAACCCUCCGACGGGCGGCAACACAGUCAUCUUCGACACAGUCAUUACCAACCAGGAAGGCCCGUACCAGAACCACUCCGGCCGCUUCCUCUGCGCUGUGCCCGGGUACUACUACUUCACCUUCCAGGUGGUCUCCAAGUGGGACAUCUGCCUUUUCAUCAUGUCCUCCUCCCGGGGCCAGACACGGCGCAUCGUGGGCUUCUGUGACAACAACAGCAAGGGGCUUUUCCAAGUGGUGUCAGGGGGCACAGCGCUCCAACUACAAAGAGGAGACCAGGUCUGGAUCGAGAAAGACCCCGUGAAGGGCCGCAUUUACCAGGGCCCUGAGGUCGACAGCAUCUUCAGUGGCUUCCUCAUCUUCCCCUCGGGGAACCGCUGCUUUAGCCAUCGCCAGGAGGCUGGCAAGAGCCGGAGGACUGGCACCCUCUGCACACUGAGAGGGACACAGAGCCAGAGACAUUUCUGUGACCAAGCCGGAAGCCCUCCACCCCCAGGUGAGGCCAGGACCCUGCCCAGGAUGGACAGCUGCUGGCCCUGCCGUGGACUCCUCCUGCUGCUGCUCCUGCUGGCUCUACCACUUGGGGGCCAGGCCAACACAGGCUGCUACGGGAUCCCAGGGAUGCCAGGUCUGCCUGGGGCCCCUGGAAAAGAUGGGCAUGAUGGGCUGCCAGGGCCCAAGGGCGAGCCAGGAAUCCCAGCCAUCCCAGGAACUCAAGGACCCAAAGGUCAGAAGGGAGAGCCUGGCACACCUGGCCAUCAUGGGAAAAAUGGCCCCAUGGGAGCCUCUGGGAUGCCAGGGGAUCCUGGUCCCAAGGGGCCUCCUGGGGAGCCAGGCGAGGAGGGCAGAUACAAGCAGAAACAGCAGUCGGUGUUCACCGUCACUCGGCAGACCUCCGUGUACCCAGCAGCCAACAGUCUGGUCAAGUUCAACUCGGUCAUUACCAACCCGCAGGGGGAUUACGACACAAGCACAGGCAAGUUCACCUGCAAAGUGCCUGGCUUCUACUACUUUGUCUAUCACACAUCACAGACGGCCAACCUGUGUGUGCAUCUGUACCACAGUGGCACCAAAGUGACCACCUUCUGCGACCACAUGUCUAACAGCAAGCAGGUCAGCUCAGGCGGUGUGCUGUUGCACCUGCAGGUGGGUGAGGAGGUGUGGCUGUUUGUCAAUGACUACAAUGGGAUGGUAGGUAUGGAGAACUCUGACAGUGUCUUCUCCGGCUUCCUGCUCUUCCCUGACUAUUCCGUGAUGAAGACCCAGUGGGGUGACAUCUCAGUGCUGCUGCCACUGCUCCUGAGUCUACUCCAGGCCUCCUGGGCACAGAGCAGCUGCACUGGGCCCCCAGCCAUCCCUGGCAUCCCAGGCAUCCCUGGGUUACCUGGCUCUGAUGGGCAACCUGGGACACUGGGUAUAAAGGGAGAGAAAGGACUUCCAGGGCUAGCUGGAGACCAUGGUGAAUUUGGAGAAAAAGGGGACCCUGGGAUUCCCGGAAACCCAGGAAAAGUUGGCCCUAAAGGCCCCGUUGGCCCUAAAGGUUCCCCAGGGCCCCCUGGACUCUCAGGUCCCAAGGGUGAAUCGGGAGACUACAAAGCCACACAGAAAAUAGCCUUCUCUGCCAUGAGGAACACAAACAUUCCCCUCAGACAGAACCAGGCCAUCCGCUUCGAAAGCAUCAUCACCAAUGAGAACAACAACUACGAACCACGCAGCGGCAAGUUCACCUGCAGGGUGCCCGGCCUCUACUACUUCACCUACCAUGCCAGCUCCCGGGGGAACCUGUGCGUGAUCCUCGUCCGCGCGGACCGCAUGCAGAAGGUGGUCACCUUCUGUGACUACACCCAGAACACCUUCCAGGUCACCACGGGCAGUGUGGUGCUCAAGCUGGAGCAGGGGGAGAUGGUCUUCCUGCAGGCCACCGACAAGAACUCCCUUCUGGGCAUCGAGGGCGCCAACAGCAUCUUCUCUGGAUUCCUGCUGUUCCCGGAUGUAGAGGCGUGAGCCACUGGGUGGAAUCACACCCAUUCACGGCCACCCUGCGCCUCCCCUGCCUCAACACUCCCUUCAUCCCUGACACCACCUCUUGCCUGGCCAACGCAUGGAGCACAGCUCUGGGAAUGUUUUGAAUUACUGAGCAAAUAAACUCCUCAAGGCCAAGCAACAAGUCUAGUUCAACUCUGGGUCCCAGCGACUGGCACAUGGUAGGGGUUCCACAAUGAUGGUUGAAGGAAUGACUGAGUAAUGAAUGAAUGGAUGGAUGAACGAAUGAAUGACCUCUGAAACCUACAGGUGACUGGAACUGUGGGAGGUGGCUUGGGAAUAGGUACUACACUCCUCCAAGAACUAUUAGACCUUGUCUUCAGCUCAGUAAUCCUCCUUGGAGACAGGCUGUCUCACACCCAGCUUACAGAGAGGGAAA